UGCAUUUUUACAAUAUUCGAUUGAUCAAUACUGAUUUAAUUUUGUCGUGUGUUCGUUGUUGUCAGGCUAGACCCGUGAAAUACCAUGGUGAUUUCCCUUUACAGAAUGCCCAUCCAGGCGCCCCAGUGGACCGAAUUCCUGUCGUGUCAGGUGUGCUGCAACCCAUACGACGACAAGCAACGUGGCCCCAUCUCACUAGGCUGCGGCCACACAAUAUGCAAGGGCUGCCUCGCGAGCCUGCACCGAAAACAAUGCCCCUUCGAUCAGACGACGAUCACGAUAGACAUCGACGCGCUCCCCAUCAACACGGCGCUGCUGCAGCUGAUUGCGCCGCAGGGCGGCGUCGCUGCUGCACAGCCCGCUUGUACAGAGGAUGAGGCCGUCGUCGAUCAUAAGAUCGUACCUCGGGAAUACUUAAGACAAUAUCAAGACUCUAAAAAAUGUGUAGAAGAACUAGCGACCUACCUGAAACCCCAUCCGCAGGGCGGCUCGUGUAACGCCGGUGGUGGCAGCGUCGGCAUCUUGUCGCGCCCCAUGCAACGCAAACUGGUCACCCUAAUCAACUGUCAACUGGUGGAGGAUGAAGGACGAACGAGAGCCAUGCGAGCGGCCCGAUCCCUCGGCGAAAGGACGGUCACGGAGCUCAUCCUCCAACACCAGAAUCCCCAACAACUGUCUGCAAAUCUUUGGGCUGCUGUCAGGGCUCGAGGUUGUCAAUUCCUUGGGCCAGCUAUGCAGGAAGAGGUAUUGAAACUUGUUCUGCUGGCGCUGGAGGACGGUUCCGCUUUAUCGCGCAAAGUCCUCGUCAUGUUCGUCGUACAGCGACUCGAGCCGCACUUCCCACAAGCUUCCAAAACUAGCAUCGGCCACGUGGUGCAGCUGUUGUACCGCGCCUCCUGUUUUAAAGUUAGCAAGCGCGAGGGUGACUCUUCGCUAAUGCAGCUGAAAGAGGAAUUCCGCACGUACGAAGCGCUGCGCCGCGAACAUGACGCCCAAAUAGUUCAGAUUGCCACGGAGGCGGGGUUGCGUAUUGCCCCUGAUCAAUGGUCGGCCUUGUUGUACGGAGACACGGCUCAUAAAAGUCACAUGCAGAGCAUAAUUGAUAAGCUGCAAACUCCUCAAUCAUUCGCGCAGUCCGUCCAAGAGCUGGUGAUUGCAUUGCAAAGGACUGGUGAUCCCGGGAAAUUGUCCGUACUGAGAAAUCAUCUGGAGUUACUAGCAAAUAUUGAUCCCAGUCCAGAAUCAUCCACGCCGUCUUGGAAUGAUUGUUCCGAGUGUUUGGAAGCCGUGCGACAAGUAGUGGCAGGAUUGGUGGAAUUUAUCCACCAACAUGGCAGUAGAAAAGUGCAGGAUAGCGGUCACUCCCAGCAUACCAAAUACAAGAUCAACAUGUGCCGCGAUUUGACUCUCAGAGGCAGUUGUCCCAGAGGCACCAAUUGCACAUUUGCUCACUCCGCGGAUGAAUUAGAAAAAUAUCGUGCUAAGAAUAGGAAGAUAAUGAACCGCAACAAGGAGCAUCGUAUUGACAACCAAUCGCCCACGGACAAACCGUACCCGACGUCUUCCGACGAGUAUUACUCCUCGCCGAACACAACGGCCGUUAGCCCGGUGCCAAUUCAUGCAGUCGUUCCCAUGCCCCGCUAUGACGUAUCGCCUUUUGCUACAGCUGCUCCACCUCCGCCACCUCCCUAUGCGCCCUCGCCGGCUGCCUAUCAGUCACCACCUUACAUCGCUCAACCUCAUUUCCAACCUACCGCUCAAGGUAUAUAUCAAACUGCGACGCCCGAUGCGGGCAAUGUUGUCCUGACGGCGACAAAUGGUGGCGGCUACUACGCACCGGCCCAAAGUGAGUACGGGAGUGUGAGUGGACAGUUGCAUCAAGGCGUUGGAGAUUUGACUAAAGGAAAUUACUGGGAUCCGAAUCAGAACUUAACCACCUCGCAGAAGCCUCGUCCUAACCGCACUCCAACGAGGAGUUUGGCUGAACUACAACAACGCAAAAUGGAAGUUCUGUCUCAACUAGAAAAGGUCGUGGGCAAGAACGCCGCCAAUAAAAUUUCAACCAACGCCUCGACACUGGCACGACAAGAAUCAAUGCAAGAUUUGGACAGUCCGACGUCACCGUACAGCAGUUUCUUUUCUACACAUAUUUUUAACACAGGGCCGACGUUUGUGAGGUCCGAUUCGAUAUUGACAGCGGACGAUGAUUACGUUCCGUACGAUUCGACAACGAUCAGCAAGUACGGUCCGAUUAGCAGAAUGGCCAAGGAUAACGGAAUGACCCAACAGAUGCCCAUGUCUACGUUUGGUGAUGGCCCUAUGUCCUCGUCAUUGAUAAGAAAACCAGUUCCUUCUCCCAGUCCAGUAACAAACUAUUUUUACAACAACAACUCUCAGUACCAUCAAGGAACAAUACCACACACUGUUUUGGGACCACCAAUGGGUGGAAUGAAUGACGGAUUCGGAACAUACAGUAGGUUAUUCACUGAAUUUUAUUCGAACGAGAGACUAUCAAGUUUUGUGCAAUUUCCAGCUGGUGCCUCACCAGUGAUUCUACAUCCUCGCGUCGACCACUCAAAGGAACUGAUGGUCGAGUCUCAACGUGUCCAGUUGCAGCUGCGCAACCUCGAGAAGAAACUGUACGAUUUAAAAAUGGCGGCAAACAACGUCAAUCCGUUAAACGAAAGCGAGCGACUGACACAGGAAUUGCAGCUCAUCGAACAAGGUAUAAGGGAGAAACAGAAGGAAGCUCAUCUGAACAAGAUCGUCAAUUCUCUCGGCAUGGGCAACAGUUACAACAACGGGAACAACGCUGAGGCUUCGCCCUCCGAUAACACCUACGACGAAAACAUUGCGAACGACAUGCGGGCACUGGAGUUGAGGUUGCAGGAGGAACUGGAAGAACUGAGCGGGGACGAUUCCCCGAAACAGGUGCACUAAGUCACCUGGAUGUUUUUAAGGUCUUUUAUGCGGAAAGGGAUUUGUUAGCAUAGCUAACAGGGGGCUUUUGCGAGUAACUUCAGAGAGGUGUUGAACUGAUUUUUGGAAUGUUUCUCGGACAACUAAAUAAAUUUAAAUCCUUUAUUAUAUAUAAUUUAAACAGACUUUUUUAUGAAACAUUUAAUAAUGCAUUCAUAAAAAAAAAGAAAUUAAAUUUCUUAAUUAAUUUUUAAACAAUUUUAAUUUAUUAUUAUUUCUUAAACAAACAACUUGGAAUGUGUUAAUUACAUAAUUUUUGAUAAUUGAUAAUGCAUUCAAUUGUUAAAAAUCGUUUAAUUUUACUAUUUAUUAAUUUAAGUUUUAAUUUAAAUAUUUCCAUAUUCGACUUUUAACUUAAUUUUUAGUUGUAACUUAUUUUAUAAUUACUUGUAUUCUGAAAAUAUCUUUAAAAUCAUAAGACCUUUCCAAAAAUCAUGUUGAAUAAAACUAACGAAAAUAACAUAGAGUUAAGUGAGUAGUGCCUUUAAAUCAGUUAAAUUAAAUUGUAUUGCUUGUGCUGUAACUGUUCCCUUUGGUGUUGUUCACAAAGGUCUCCCUAAUAAUUUUCCGCAGCCCCUCGGUCCAUCCGUGGUCCGGGACGUCUUUAAGCUAUUUUGGAUCAUCUUGAAUACUGGUAAAUUAGAUUUACAAUUAGAAAACAGUACGGUUAAAUUUCAAUAGGAAAAUGAAUGCGACACUUGAAAACGCAAUUUGACAUGAUUCAGAAUGUUAGUUAGGAGGACCUACUUAUUCACAUUAAAUACAAUGAGGGAUGCAUUUCAAUUUUAAUGAAUUUAACAAUGUUAGUUAUUCCAGUUUUAAUGGAAAACUGAGCACUCCAUGCGAGGCGCUCAGUGAUAGGUUGGUGAAAUGUCAUCUAUAUUUUUUAAUCAUACUGUGUGUGAUUGGGUAUAUCACUGUUCCAAGUUGAUAUGAUAAAUAUAUAUAUUAUGAUUUAGUGUGCAUUUGUUUGAAAAUGCAUCUGACUAAAAGAGGAGUUUCAAAUGUGCAGUAUAGAAAAAAUGAUGAAAUAAAUUUCCAGGAGCCUCAUUUGCGCUUGACGAGUACGCGCAUAAUAUCUCUAGUACUUACUGUAUAUAUUUGCAAUGGAACUUAAAAGUUUACUGUACUGUGUGGAAAGAUAUUUCGUUAAUUUUAUUAUGCUGUGAGCGAUUAUUUAUUAAGCUUUACACUGGUUUUAUUUUGUUAUACAUGUAUCGAAAAUGGCUGGUAACGGAAAUUGUUUAACAAGCGCUUAUGAACUUCGAACUCAAUCUGAAAUGUUAAAAUGAUGCUCGCUCGUUUCCCAUUCUCCCGUAACUGUGAUAUUUCUACAUUUUGUAACAUCACAUUUUCCGAUUAUUUCGAAGUUCGUGCACUUCGAUAACCUCUGUUAUUUAUUAGUUAAUUUAAAUCGCCUAGACACCACCGACAAUUUUACAGCGAUCGCUCUUUUUAGUUCAAUAUUUUAUGGUGCAAUAAUCGUUUUCGCUUUUAACAACCAAGAUGUUCUCUAGUCAAUGUUAUGUUGCUCUGCUAUCCAUGUCCAAGGUUCCUGUAACGGUCUCGGUAAAACUGUGCGGUCGGUGUGUACUUAUACUUUAUCUGCUUUUUGCUCAUUUUUCCUUCUUACCACGCAGAGUUAUACACGUCUAUUGACAGGAGCAUUUCCAAUGGUGACUUAUAAUGUUAAUCAAAUUUUGAUUUGGCCAUUGGUAAGUGGUUGUUGAUAAACGGCUUUGUACGUUUCUCUAUAAAAUGUUAUUAGAAGUGUGUUAAUAAACAUGCAUUUAAGUAAUAUUUGUAUUAUGACAUACGUGUACAUGUAAUUAUUAUAUUUAUUUGACUUAUGAGCUGUCCUUUUAACGUUAUUUUUAAAAUUAACUGAACACUAAUAUAGAUGUAAUCUAUAGUAGGACUGGAUGCUUCUUGACGAAAGUAUUCUGAAACGCAAAAACAAAAAAUAUGAGAUCUUAUCAAAUAAGAUAUAAAUUUAAAUAUAUUAGUUCAUGUCAGUUACUGUUUCUUGUUAUACCUUUUUACGUCUUUGAUCGGCCCUUGUAUUGAUUUUAACAGCUCUUUUACCAUGUUUUGUUGUGAGAACCAAAUUCAACACCAUACUGAUGUUAACUAUGAACGAACAAGGUGUUGUAGCAAUACUUUUUAGUUUAGGCUGUGUAUUAAUUUCAUUUCAUUGUGGUUGUUAGUGAAUAUUUAAUUUAUGUAUUUUGAUAUGUUUGCCUCUAUAGUCAGGUUUAAUUUAUUUAAUUUUGGCAUACAUAAUAUAAUGGUCAUGUUGCACAUGUGAUUAAUAUUUACUAUUUAUACUGAUUACAUUAAUCACGUAUGUAUUAUAUAUUCGAUCGGUGGAAGUAUAUAAAUUAUACAAAUAAACAAUGUACUAUAAA